AAUGCAUAAAAAUGUUGCGUACAACUGUCGAGUGUAUUUUCUCAACAAAAAACUUCUCCUAAUCCGUCCAAAACUACGAUUAUGUAAUGACGGAAAUUACAGAGAGGGACGAUGGUUUACUCCUUGGAUGAAGUUCCGGCAAGUAGAAGAUUUUCAUUUACCACGGUUAAUUCGGGACAUUACUGGACAAAGCCUUAUAUCAAUAGGAGACGCUGUUAUUUCCACAAUUGAUACUUGUAUAGGAAGUGAAAUAUGCGAGGAAAUGUGGCACACUGCUUCUAGUCAUAUAGAAAUGGGUUUAGAUGGUGUCGAGAUAUUUACUAAUUCAAGUGGAAGUCACCAUCAACUGAGGAAGGCCUAUAUUAGAGUAGACCUCAUUAAUUCUGCUACAUCAAAAGGUGGUGGUAUCUAUAUGUUUUCAAACCAUCAAGGAUGUGAUGGUGAGAGGGUGUAUUAUGAUGGGUGUUCGAUGAUAUCUAUAAAUGGGCAUACAGUUGCACAAGGCUCACAAUUUUCUCUUGAUGAUGUCCAAGUCCUGACUGCUACCCUUGACUUGGAGGAUGUUCGAAGCUAUAGAAAUACUAUGAGAAGCCGGAAUGAGGCGGCUGCAUGUGCAUCUCCUUACCCCAGAAUUAUAUGCGACUUUAGCUGUUCUUCUGACGAUUUAUGUCUGCCGUCGUAUCAGCCAGUCCAAUGGCAGUAUCAUUUGGCCGAGGAAGAAAUUGCACUUGGACCAGCCUGCUGGCUGUGGGAUUAUUUAAGAAGAUCUAGACAAGGAGGCUACUUCUUGCCGCUGUCAGGAGGAAUUGACAGUUCAUCUACUGCUGCAAUAGUUGGUUCUAUGUGUCACUUGGUAUGCGAUGCUGUCAAAAGGGGCAAUGAACGUGUGAUCGCAGAUUCUAGAAAUAUUGUUGGUGAUUCAAACUACAUACCUACCGACCCCAAAGAGCUAUGCAACAGAAUUUUUACUACCUGCUAUAUGGGUAGUGAUCAGAGUUCGAAAGACACGAAGAAGCGAGCCUCGGCUCUAGCUGCAGAACUUGGAAGCUAUCAUUUGGAAAUUAAUAUUGAAACUGCAGUAAAGGCAGUUAUUGGAAUAUUUACCACUGCUUUUUCGCUAAUACCCAAGUUUAGAGCUUACGGGGGUUCAGAUAGGGAAAAUUUAGCUUUGCAGAACAUUCAAGCAAGGUUGAGAAUGGUUCUUGCUUACCUAUUUGCACAGCUUUCUUUAUGGGCCAGAGGGAAACCAGGAGGCUUGCUUGUCUUAGGUUCGGCUAAUGUCGACGAAUGCUUAAGAGGAUAUAUGACCAAAUAUGAUUGCUCCAGUGCUGAUAUUAAUCCUAUUGGUGGAAUAAGCAAGACUGAUUUAAAGUCAUUUAUCCGCUACUGUGUCGACCAUUUCAAAUGGACCAGCUUAAAUUCAAUUUACGCAGCACCACCAACAGCUGAACUGGAGCCUUUAAAAGACGGAGAAUUAAGUCAGACAGACGAGCAAGAUAUGGGUAUGACGUAUGAUGAAUUGUCGAUAUAUGGUAAAUUACGAAAGCAAGCAAUGUGUGGUCCAUAUUCUAUGUUCUGCAAACUAUAUGGUCUAUGGUCAGAUAAAUUUUCUCAUAUCCAGAUUGGGACCAAAGUGAAAUAUUUCUUUAGAUGCUAUGCAAUUAAUAGACAUAAAAUGACUGUUGCCACUCCGUCCUAUCACGCUGAAUCUUAUAGCCCGGAUGAUAAUCGUUUCGAUCAGAGGCCGUUUCUAUAUCCAGCUGAUUUUACCUGGCAGUUUAGAGCCAUCGAUGAAGAGGUUGGCAAUAUCGACAGGAAACGAAACUUAGAAAAGAAAGCAAAAACAACUGAGAAAACUAUUGGAGUAGUUGUGUAA